AUGUGGGACGAAACGUCGAGGAAGGCGCCGAUAACGUUUUUGGACUCGCACACGCCGUUGCCGGGGUGCAGAGGGUAUCGGGUGUGCUGGGCGAGCGCGAACGAUAUGCCGACGGGACAGAAGCGAGCGAUCGUGAUGUUUUACGUCGCGUCGACGCGGAAGUUUUAUUUCGAGGCGGAUAUCGCGAAAGGGGCGGUGAAGAAGGAGGACGUGGAUGAGGCGAUGUUUAAACCGACGGAGGAAAUUUUUGAGGCGCAACGAAGAAUUUUCAACGUCAACGAAACUUUUCGGGAGGUGUACACGAGCAUGUUGAAGGUUGAUAAGAAAAUGACGGCGGCGAUGAGCGCGGAUGAUGAUCUCGGCGCGCUCGGGUUGGAGUGGGAAAAGUUCGAGGAUACGAUGAUACGUCAAACCGAAGAAAUGAGUUCGCGACGAGACGACGUCGCCGACGGCCCAGAGAGCCCCAUGGAGACGUGGAGUAAAGGCCGCGGCGUCACCCCGCCCGAGCUGUACAUGCAGCUCGGGGUUAAUUACGACUUUCACGGCCCCGCAGGGGUGGUGAUGCAGGGCAUCAUCUCCACCGUAGGCGCGGCGCGAGGGAUGGACAUGAGCGGGGCAGACAAGUGGCGAAAGCAGAAUUGGGAAGACGCCGCGGACGAGCUGUGCAUCACGGUUGAGUCGACGCACGCUCCGCUGAACACCCUCGGCCGCGGUUGGAAGGUGUGCUGGAUCGAUGGUAACGGUGAAAGAGAUGCGCCGGCGGUGGUCGUUUGGAGUCCGGACGCCGGAGAGUACUUCAGCUUGGGCGCGGUGAAAAAGAAGGGCUCGUGCGCUGGGCAAUCCUUGGACGCCAUUUUGAAAGCCAUCUUAGGCGUGGCCCAGGCGCAACCGGUGCCGAUUGGAUUGAAAGAAGCGUUGACACGGGAUUUAGACUUCCGAGACCUCAUCGGUCGCUCACCGGCUGGGUCGAAAUCGACGACUGCGCCGGUAUCCGUCGACGUCUAUGACGAUUCGGAAGAAGGGACGGUGUAUGUCGAGGUCGACCAGGACGACGACGAGGAUAGUGACGACGAUGACGAAGAGGAGGUAGACAUCGACGUGGGCGGUGGGUUUGGCAACUCGAUGAUGUGGCAGAACACGAUGAUGAAAUCGGAAUUCGACGUAUCGACGUCAUCGUCGGACAAAUUCGUCCUCGACGAAAUGCUCAACCCGGAUCUCGAGCCUCAGUAUCCGUCGAGCUUGGACGAUCACAUUCCUGAUGGCGUAGGUGUGCCCCCGAUCUCGCGCUCCGCAGGGUACUUGUCUUUCGUGGAGGAUGAAUUCGAUGAUGAUGAUCUCAAGCGUGAACUCGGGAUCGAUCGAGACGAUAUGUACCGCGGACCGAAGGAUUUCCCAGACUUGUCCGUCACACCGACGCCGACGCCGACGGAUGGGCCGACGACGACGGUUAAUUUGCGAGAGGCGUUUCCGCAGGGCUUGCCGCGUCCCGCUGAGUCGUUCCAUGUUUUAGCGCUUGACAGGGUCGAUUUCCUCGUCUCCAAGACGAACGACGGUCGAUUGGAUCUGCGUGAAGUUUUUAGCGCCAGGCGCGACGGGUACGGUCGCUUUGUCGAAGAAGCGCAACGCGUCAAUACUUCGGCGUUCGUGUCGUUGCCUCCGGCAUAUUAUCAAGAGAUUGCUUGGACCGAACUCAAUGUGACAAACGAGGAAGAUUUCGACGGCGGGGACGUGAUUCCAUCCUUCAACACGACCGAGGAGCGAACGACAAAGAUUUACCUCAUCUUUGCACGCAACGCGCCGAGCGCGAACAGCGCGUUCGACCGCUCGCUCGACUUCACCAAGCCCGUCGUCAUGCUCACCAGCGCCGACGUCGGCAUGACCUCAGUCGCGGUUUCAGGCGCAACGUCAGAUCCAAACGCUUCGCUGGUGAUCAAGAAUGGUGAGCUUUACUGCCAAGAUCACUCGCAAGUCCCGACGUUUGAGAGCAUCAUCGCAGAGCACGAACGCGCCAAGCGCGCCGACGCCGUGAACGCCACGCAGGAAUUUUUAGCCGAGACCGACACCGACAUUGAGGCCCAAGCGUUCGAUGAGGAAGAAGACACUCCGGAGAUUGAUCAAAUCUAG